GGACAAAUCUGAUAGGAAAGCGCAAUCUCCAAGUCCCACGAUUGUGUCCUGGGCUAGAACUUGCCAGGUGCAAAGCUGUUUUCUCUGUCCACCGAGAGCACACAGAACAGAAGGGGCCCCACCGCCACCCACCCAGGGCGGACUGAUCAGUUGGACCUCCGAGGCGGAGCCGGGCGCCAGGCCUGCCCUCUGCUCUUCCAGGGAACCUGAGAAGGCUCUAGAGGCCACGGGCAUGAUGCUCCGGGUCCUGGUUGGGGCUCUCCUCCCCGCAGUGCUGCUGGCCGCCCCACCGCCCAUCAGCAAGCUGGCCCUGUUCCCGGACAAGAGCGCCUGGUGUGAGGCCAAGAACAUCACCCAGAUCGUGGGCCACAGCGGCUGUGAGGCCAAGUCCAUCCAGAACAGGGCCUGCCUAGGACAGUGCUUCAGCUACAGCGUUCCCAACACCUUCCCACAGUCCACAGAGUCCCUGGUUCACUGUGACUCCUGCAUGCCGGCCCAGUCCAUGUGGGAGAUCGUGACCUUGGAGUGCCCUGGCCAUGAGGAGGUGCCCAGGGUGGACAAGUUGGUGGAGAAGAUCCUGCACUGUAGCUGCCAGGCCUGCGGCAAGGAGCCUAGUCACGGGCUGAGCGUCUACGUGCAGGGCGAGGACGCGCCGGGCUCCCAGCUGGGCACCCGUCCCCACCCCCACCCCGGCGGGCAGACCCCUGAGCCCGAGGACCCUCCCGGGCCCCCCCACGUGGAGGAAGAGGGGGCUGAGGACUGAGGCCCCGACUCUUCCUCCCCUCUCGUCCCCUGCGGAAUGUUGGGUGUCACCCUUGGGGGAACGGGGGUGGGGGGGGAGAAAGGCUGAAGCCCUCCUUUGGCACUGGAUGGACUUGGAUUCAGACUUGGACUUGGAAUGCUUUCUGGUUGCCAUGGAGAUCUGAAGGGAGGGGUUGGGGCCAGGCUGCACAAUUUAAUAUAUUCACGAGUGAGGGGAGGUCGCAGUGGUGUUCAGGGUUCUUUUUCGGAGGUGGAGGGGGGAUUCUCUUCCUUUCAAGGCCUCCUUGUGAUGUGCCUUUGGGAGGGGGAGGAGGUUGGCCGCGCUGCGGAGGUGGGUGCAGGGUCCUCACAGCCCCUGCUGGGGCCGGGCCCCUGGGCUGCCCAUGGUGGUGCUGGGGCCCUGAGCCCAGGGCAGGCGCCUUGCCGGCAGCAGCCUUGAGGGAGGUGCUGGGUCCUGGCCGGGGGGACCGCUGGAGAAGCUCGAGCCCCACAGGCUUCCCCAAAGGCCUCCCGGGCAGCGCGGUUCCGUAGUGGCAUCAAAGUGCCCCCCCUCUUCGAUGGCAUGCUUGGGAGUCAGGUCUGGGCAGGACCCUGCUGACUCAUGGCCCGGAGCUGGGAGCCAGGCUUUCUGGGCCUCUCUGGCUUCCUUGGCUUUCCAGGGGGUGGAGGGAGGCAAGGGAGGAGCCUUCCUGGGACGGGGGAAGGGAGGACUCCCAGACCAUCACCAGAGUGGCCCUCCCCUCCUCCUCUCCCACUGCCCCCCAAGUUCUGGGUCCCUCGGAAAACUGAUGGAGCCAGCCUUUCCCCUCCUGGGGAGCUCUUUCUGAAUAUCGGAUGGUGGGGAGGCUCCAAAGAGGGCCCUGGGUGGGGUGGACUCUGGCUGAGCCUGAGGAAACUAGGAGAGGAGGGGAGUGUCCAUGGCGCCAGUGUCCGCACAGCUCUCUGGCAACCGAUCCCACCCAUCACCUCCCUCCCAGCUGCACUUUAACCCAGAGGGGGAGUGGGGUCCUGGGGGCGGGGCGGGUGGGCUGUGAGGAGCGCCCCUUUGGGACCCAUUCCUGCCGGUGUCUGCUCCUCUGACCCCGGGGGCUGGGGGUGCUCCGGCCCUCACGGCUGUUCCGACGAGAGCUUCUGGAGCUUGUAACCAGUAGACUGUUUUCCCCGACGGACCCUGAGUUUUCUCAUGAAUAAAUUCAUUCAAUGCC